GAAGAUAUUUCUCUCCAGGGAGCGCUGUUGAUGGGAGUGUUUUCUUGCAGCCGAAAGUUUUUGGAAUGAUCGUUUGGUUCGAUCAUGAGCGCCGUUAAGAGCAGUAAUACCAAUUCUAGCACGAGAAAGCGAUUGCUGAGACAAAGUAAAUCGAGAAAAGAUCAUCCUGCAUUAGAUCUAGAGCCCACGACCGAAGAUGAACUGCUACAGAAGGAUUCGAUUUCGCCAGACGACGUCUUGAGAUUAACUAAAAUAACGGAAAAUUAUUUAUGUUCUCCAGAAGCAAAUGUCUAUGACAUUGAUUUUACACGUUUCAAAAUCAGAGAUAUGGACACUGGAACAGUAUUGUUUGAAAUUGCAAAACCACCACCUCCAGAUGAUGAUGAUUGUACAGAUGAAGAUCAGGAUCAAGAAGAUACAGAUCCAAAUGCCGGUAGAUUUGUACGCUACCAGUUCACUCCCCAGUUUCUAAAAUUGAAGACUGUCGGUGCAACAGUGGAAUUUACAGUGGGCGAUAAACCUGUCAAUAAAUUUCGCAUGAUUGAAAGACACUUUUUCAGAGACAAGCUGUUAAAAACUUUUGAUUUUGAGUUCGGAUUUUGCAUUCCUCACAGCAAAAACACGUGCGAGCAUAUAUACGAAUUUCCUACUCUUAGUUCUGAAAUUUGUGAAGACAUGAUUAACAAUCCAUUUGAGACACGUUCCGACAGUUUUUAUUUCGUGGACGACCGGUUGAUAAUGCAUAACAAGGCAGACUAUGCAUACAAUGGAGGUUUACAACAAUGAAUUUUCAUGAGCAACAUGUUGCACCGUACUCGUUUGUAAGUCUUCAGGGUCCAUGCUUUAUCACAAUGUAACACUAGGCAUUUAUAAAAAAGAAAACAAAAUGUCUGUUUAUCCCUCAGUGUUACUGGCACUGCUCAAUUACAUGUGGAAAAAAAAAAAGCCAGAGUUUUGUAAAGUGUUGUAGAGGACAUAUUUUUGUGCCCACCCUUACAUUCCAGAACAAAUUAGAAACAAAAAUUUCAGUAAAAAAUGAUUUGGUUUCGAGUAACAUUUUACAGAAUUUAAAAAUCAAAUUUCGCCACGGACGUAGUGUUUAAAGUGUGGUUUGUCCCGUACACUCACUAGUCGACUUAAACUUGUUUUUGAGGAGGGAUUUUAUUUCGCGUAUUAUGCCAUUUUUUUUUUUUUUUUAAUUUAUUUCCUAGACAAAAGAUUUAUAUAAAUAUAUCUUAUGUGUAUAUAGGUAUGCGCUCCAUAAAUUAUUACAUAUUUAAUUGAGCAUAUUGCAGUAGAUUUUUAUGUCAUGUAUAACUUAUAAAUAUGCAUAUACAGUAUACAUACGUAGUAAAUAUUUAGAUUAGACGUCUGAUAUCAUUAUGUAUUUAAGCAUUAAGAUGUAUUCUCGUUACAUGUUUCAUCGAAUGUAUAUCUGGAAGUGCCUGAAGGCUGUCUAUAUGUAUAUAAGUAGAUAAUUGGCUGAAAGACUUUAAAUUUUAAUUUAAAAUCAUGCCGAUGAUUGAGCAUAACAUACACAGGCUUUGAGUUGUUAAUUAGAUUUUUUUGUAUUAAUUAAAUUAAAAGGUUUUUAAUAGAAAGACCGAGAAAAUUUUAUGACAAAAUUUUGAAAUUUAAAAAUAUUUCGGUGCCAAUGUAAUUGGUGUUUGAUUUACAACAGAAGUAGAUUUUUUAACUUGACGAAUUGAUAAAUAAAUAAAAAAUUUUGCUAGCGACUGUCUUCGUAGGUCACGAUCAUCUACCAAAACCAAAAAAAAAAAAAAAAAGUAAUAAAAAUUAGUUUGAUUUUUAAAA